GCAUUAUCAGUACUAGAAUAAAUAAGAAUUGUAGCAUGUCAUGAAAACAUAUGGGUAAUAACUAUUCAAAAUGGCGCGCCACAUUCUUUAUCGAAGAGUGCUGGGACUCUACUAUGACGAGUUAUCUGUCGGUAUAAAAGUCGAUCUUACCAAUAGAACGACUCUAUGUUAACCUAUACAUCGUAAACGUAACAAAGUGGAAUUACAUUAUUUUUUACAUUCUGACACGAGUCAGAAGAUAUAAAACGCAUGUGUAGCAAGUAUGGCUCACUUAAUCAGGAACGUUUCUCUUCUACUAUUCACAGAAGAGUGCAUAGAAGAAUAUUUCGAUGACAUGAACUUUUUUCACGUUGGAUGCUUCAAAUUGGCGCUGAGCAAAUUUUUAGGUCUCGGCAUCAUCGGUGGAUCUCUUCUCGUCAAGAUACCACAGAUUGUAAAAAUUCUUAGAAGUAAAAGUGUAGAAGGCAUCAAUGUCUUCAGUGUGUUAUUGGACUUAUUUGCCAUGACAGCCAUGGUAUCCUACAGUUUUAUAAGUGGUUUUCCAUUCAGUUCAUGGGGUGAUGGAGUUUUUUUAGGUAUGCAGACUUUAGCAAUUGCAGUAUUAGUCAUGCAUUUCAGUGGUAAUACAUUUCAAGCAACUGCAUUCCUUGCUGCUUAUCUAGCAGUGUUCUUUGCUGCUACUAGUGGCUUGACCCCGGUAAAUAUUCUCUGGGGUUGUCAAGCAAUGAAUAUACCCAUUGUACUUGCCAGUAAGUUAAUGCAAGCCUACACAAAUUAUUCCAAUGGAAAUACUGGUCAGCUAUCAGCAAUAACAGCUUUCAUGCUCCUCUUUGGAUCUCUUACACGAAUAUUUACCUCUAUCCAAGAAACGGGAGAUAUUACAAUGAUAAUAAUGUAUAUGUGCUCCUCUAUAUCAAAUGCUAUAAUAGUUGCACAAAUUUUGUAUUAUUGGAAUGUAGAUGCGAAAAACAAAGAUGGAACCAAAAAAAAUCAAUAAGUAAAUUAAUAAAAUUUUUAAUAUUUUGGGAAAUAAUCAAAUAAUGGAGUCAAAAAUCCAUGCAACGAAAUGAAAUGUGUAAGAGGGUGUAAAUAAAUGAAAUCAGCAUUCUGAUAUCAAUAGUCUGAGAAGGAUACAUCUACUUUAAUGAAGAAGGUAUAAAUGUAUCUAAGUUAAUAAACUAAUAUUUUAAAUACCCUAAACUUAUAUUUUAAUCGCCACGUAUGUAUUACAUUCAUGAAUCUUUUCUAGUUGACAAGUUAUAAUUUUAAAUUUGCUAUAAGUCAUACUAUCUUAAAAGUAGAAGAUAUUUUAGAAAUAAACAUACUAUAAAAAU